AUGAGGAAUUGUUCAUUACAACGCGAGCCUGUAAUGGCUGUUACAACAUCAGUUAUAUCUAUUAUAACAUGCUAUAUAAUUGUAUUCAUAAUAGCUUUUGUUGGAAAUGUUACAAUGUUUUUAAUACUUGUCAGAAAUCAGUUAAUCAAAGUGAGACGAGUACAUUCGUUGCUCUUACACAUGAAUAUAGCUCACUUAAUGGUCACUUUACUUUAUAUGCCAAAAGAAAUACUUCAUAAUUAUACGAUUGCUUGGCAAGGAGGAGAUUUUCUCUGCCGCUUAUGCAAAUUUUUUGAUGUCUUUGGUAUUGCUCUAUCUAUGAAUAUACUCAUUUGUAUAUCAUUAGAUAGGUUCUAUUCUAUAUUUUUUCCUUUAUAUGCUAUGAGAGCUAGAAAAAGUGUUCAACGUAUGGUCAUUAUUGCUUGGGUUGUAAGCUUUCUGACGUCAGCUCCUCAGCUCUAUCUAUUCAAAAUGGCUGCUCAUCCAUGUUUUCAAUGGUAUACCCAAUGUGUUUCAAAGAAUUUUAUCGGAGAAAUGUCGAACGAGGCAGUAUUUUACUUUUCGAUCUUGAACAUCGUUCAAGUAUAUUUUCUACCAUUGGUAGUCACAUUAUUAUGCUAUUCACUUAUUUUAUGGAAAAUAUCAGCACAAACAAUUGAAAAAGAAAAUUUGGAAAAGAACGAUAUGCUAUUACGUCGAAACGGUGUUAAUACGUUAGAAAGAGCACGAAGUCGUACAUUGCGUAUGACGUUUGUUAUCGUUUUAGCAUUCAUAUUCUGUUGGACUCCAUAUGCAAUUCUAAUGUUUCUUCAUUUCCUCACAAAAACUGAUUGGAUACCAAAAGAUCUUCGAAAAUUUAUUUAUGCCUUCGCUGUAUUCAAUUCAGCUUUAUCUCCCUAUCUGUAUGGAUACUUUUCAUUUGAUGUUCGGCGCGAAUUAAAGCUAUUAAUGACAUGCUCAAAGCUGACAGCAUCUGAACGAAAUUUAUCUUGUUCAACCAAUGUAUCUCGAUCGCAAAAUAGUCAACGAAUGCGAAAACGCAGUGCUUCAGCAUAUGACUUGGAUAGUGGAAGAGCUCUUCUGAGUAAAGAAGAGCCAACUCCACCUGCAUGUAAUCGUGGCCAAUCUCUUCGUAAUCCUAAAAAGGCUAAUCACUUAUCUGUACAUCAGUCUUCUGCACAAAAUUAUAAAUAUCGUUCAAUGAUUUGA